AGCUCAAAAGAAUCCAGCUCACCUUUUGUGUUUGACUCCCUUGUAUACUAAACUAAUUUUAAUCCCGCUCUCAAUGUCAAAGAUGGGAUUCUUGGGAGCUAUAGGCUUUUCGUUAGCAUUGGUAUCUCUAUCUCAGAUACACCAUAGUGCAGAAGGCUGCAAAAUCUUGUCAGCAACUUCAUCAAGCGCUGCAUCAAUUUUUGUAAAAUGGGAAAAAUUUCCGGGGGCAACAAGUUAUUUUUUGGAUCUUCGAAAGAAAAACUCUUCGGAUUCUGCACCGGUUGUGGUGACUAUGUCACCAGACAAGACUGAGACGUAUGUACAUGGUCUGACACCAGGGACCGAAUAUAGUGUGACUCUCAAAGUUUUUAUGUUCUACUUUGUGGAGUGUGUGAAUUCAACUUCGGCGAUCACAGUCCCUGACACAUCGCAGAUAUUAAAUUCUUGGGCAUCUUCAAGCACUUCAAUCACCGUGACGUGGAAAACGGUACCUUCGGCGGAGUCCUACUGCCUGGAGGUUUACUCUCAGGAUACUGGGGAAAUGGUCAACUAUACCCUCACCAACACCUCGGCUACGGUGGGAAACUUGCAGCCCUCUUCCAACUAUGACUGCUACGUAAUCACAAUGAACCAAGGUGGCAAGGGAGAGAAAAGCAAAGUGAGGACCAUCAGGACAUUGCAAUCACCUCCGAUGGGUGUUACAGUAGAACAGACUGGACAGAACACGGCGAGAAUAACGUGGCAGCCAGUGGAGGACGUCCUGUUGUACAAAGUCACCAUCUGGAAUCUCGAUGACCCCACCAGCAAGCCGUCUAUGCACAAUGUCUCAGACACCAAGUUGGAUUUUGACGGCAUCCUCCCAUGUACCGAAUAUCUGAUAGCAGUGUCCUCAUUCAGCAUGUUCUUGCUGCCGAGCGAGCCCACAGAAUACAUGUACACCACCAACAAGUUGACACCAGUUUCCUCGGUAUCGGUGGACUACACCUGCACCUCUAACUCUGUCAUGGUGUCUUGGUUGGCUGUUUAUGGGGCCGACUCCUACACGGCCACGGCAAUGAAUGAAAACGGUACACAGAUGUCAUGUACGAGCAAUCACACCAACUGCUGGAUCACCGGAAUGAGCUGUGGUCAAAUCUACGUAGUGCACGUAACGCCCAUUUCAGAGAACUGCAAGAACAUGGUCAACGCCACCUCGGCCACCUUCCAUACCGUCCCUUGUCCUCCCAGCGGCCUGAUGUUGGUCCGAGAAUGCACCAGCCACGCCAUCCUCUUUUCAUGGAAUCACACACACUACACAGACCACUACAUGGCCAAGGCAGUCGACUCCAAGGGAGUGGUCCAAGACUGCUUGACUGAAGAAAACUCCUGUUAUUUCACACAUACAGUGUGUGGACGAUACUAUGACUUCACAGUCUACUCCAUCGCAGAUGGCUGCAAAAGUGAGAUUAGCUCCACUGUGGGGAUCCGCACAGCACCCUGUAUCCCCCAGAACCUGCAAACAUCAGCCAACUGCAGCUCAGAAGCUUUGCUCAGUAAGUGGGACCACGCUGAGGGGGCUCUACACUACACCGUGAACGCCACCGGCAACAAGAAAAACAGCAGCUACAGCUGCAGCACACAAACCAACAGCUGCGUUAUGGAGGGCGUCCACUGUGGGGAGCACUUGACCAUCAGCCUCACAGCUUAUGAUGAUGAAUGUUUCAGUCCAGAAAUGCUGGGCCAUCCGGCUGAGACAGUCCCCUGCACUCCCCAGAACAUUUCAGCUGUGAAGGAAUGUGGAACCGACUCCAUCAGCGUGACUUGGAGCAUUUUCUCUCACGCAUUGUUCUACAUCGCCAUAGCGGAGGACAGUGAUGGCGUCAUUCAUAGCUGUAAUUCCGUGCAAAUGUCCUGCAACAUCGACGGCUUGAUGUGCGGCACCGCAUACAAAGUCUAUGUCAUUGCUUCCAACUUCAUGUGCAACAGCUCUGUGAGCGACAUAGUCACCGUAGACACAGCUGCCUGUCCACCAGAUAAUCUCACUGCCUCCCUGGACUGUCCAGCCAAUGAGGCUCUCAUUUCAUGGCAUGGCCAACACAACAUGAACUCCUACACCGCCACCGUCGUGGAUGAAGGUCAAGGCCUUCUCAGCUGCAGCUCCACUACAACCAGCUGCGCGAUACCCAACCUGAAAUGUGGUCAGCUGUACACCGUCACUGUCAGCUACCACGAUGGCAUCUGCCCCAGCAUGCCCUCUGAGCCCAUCCACAUGGAGUCUGUUCCUUGUGGUCCAGCCAACCUGAACGCCAGUGUGAACUGUACAUCCGGAGAAGCAACUAUCUGCUGGAAUGAAACCAAAAACGCAGAGGGCUACAUCACUGUGAUCUCAGAUAGAAACAUGCAGAUGACUUUUAAUACCACAGAGCCGAAGCUGAGCGUGAACACAUUGCAAUGUGGUCAGGAGUACACAGUGGAGGUGAUGUCUGUCAAUGGCAGCUGUGUCAGUCUGUCGUCAGAGACAAACCUGAAGGAAGUGCCCUGUGUGCCCACUAAUGUGACGGUAAAGAGAAACUGUGGCAUGAAUUACGUGAAAGUGAUGUGGCAAGCAAGCCGUGGUGCCAAAAACUACACUGUGACUGCCGAGGAUGAAGACGGCAACCGCUUGGAGUGUGUAUCCAACAUGACAUGGUGCAGGCUGGAGGACACAAUGUGUGGCAAAGCUUACAAUGUCAGUGUGGUCGCUGUAGAUGACACCUGUAGCAGCACGAAGAGCCCCACCGUGGAACUGCUGACAGAGCCCUGUCCUCCCACAAAGCCGAUGGCCACAGUGAACUGCAGCGGAAACUCUGCCAUGUUAACCUGGAAAAGCAGCCCCAAUGCAGUGUCUUACGCUGGCAGGGCAGUGGGUACAGACGGACAUAAUGUGACCUGUGAUGCAGGAAUGAAUCUCAGGUGCCAGCUGGAGGGUUUGCACUGUGGUGAGGAGUACACCUUCACCGUGUCGGCCUCUGAUGGUUACUGUCAAAGUCCUGACAGCGAGCCGGUCAUCCAUACCACUGCCCCCUGUGCUGUUCAGAAUGUGAACACAACCCUCAGCUGUACCACCAACACACUGACCGUCAGCUGGAUGCCUGGAUCCAUGCCGGUAAACUACAGCGUCACCGCCGUGACUGCAAAUGGCACCGUGCUUCGCUGUGUCACAGAAGGGUCAGGCUGCACAAUAAGGGAUCUACAGUGUGGACAGCAGUACACUGUGACAGUCACACCCAUGAGCAGCACAUGUGAAGGACACAGCAGCCCCCCACAGACUGUAAAUUCAGUUCCCUGUGUUCCUAUGAAGGUCCAAGGCAUGGUGGAGUGUUCCACUAACACGCUGAAAGCAUCCUGGGAUGCAGCUCCUGGUGCACAGUCCUACAUCACCACCCUGAACGGAGCAGGAGGAUCCUCUGCUUCUUGUCACACAGCUAACCAGAGCUGCCACUUCCCUGCUCUGCAGUGUGCUCAGACCUACAUGUACAGGGUGGUGGCCCUCAACGACAGGUGCAACAGCUCAAAGAGCGCCAUGAUGACAGCAACAACCGCUCCUUGUGACCCGACAAAUGUGACUGCUUCACUGAACUGCCUCUCUGGUGUGGCGACGGUGACCUGGAGAGCCAGCGCUGGAGCGAAUAACUACACCGUCAUUGCCGAGGCCAGCGGACACAUGGACUCUUGUCAUUCCCCCGGCACUUCCUGUGAGCUGAGCCAGCUGCAGUGUGGGGAGGACUACACUGUGACGGUGCUGGCAGGAGAUGGAAAGUGCAACAGCUCCCUCCUCGCCAGAACCAAUCUAACAACCGCCCCAUGUGCUCCGAUGAUCCACAACCACUCGCUCGAUUGUGCCUCCAACCACGCCUGGGUCAGCUGGGAUAAGGAUGAGGAUGCCAUGAAUGUCACAGUCACUGCAACCUCCACCCUGGGAGACUCGCAGUCCUGCAGCUCCUCCAUCAACAACAGCUGUGUAAUGGACAAAUUGAAGUGUGGACACACCUACACCGCCCACGCUGUGGCACAUGGAGUCCAGUGUUUGAGCAAACCCAGCUCUGAUUUUCAGAUUGUCACAGCCCCCUGUACGCCUGCCAACGUGGACCACACAUACUCCUGUGGAACUGGCAUCGCCUUUGUGAGCUGGGAUGAGACUCUGGGCAGGAAGAGUUUCCACGUCUACGCCCACUCUGGGAACCACACGGCCUCCUGCCACGCCCAGCAGACCGACUGUUCCCUGCCCUCGCUGCUCUGUGGUCAGCUGUAUGAAGUAGAAGUGACAGCGGUGGCUGAUCACUGCGACAGCAGCAAGCCGGGUGUGACCCAGAUACAGACCGCCCCCUGUGCUCCCAAGAAUGUCAGCACAUACCUGGUGUGUGACAACAACACAGCGGCGGUGAGCUGGCAGCACAGUCCCGGAGCAGUGUCCUACACUGUGAUGGCAAGAGGCAGAGACGGCGACGUCAAGCAGUGCACCACAAACGGCACAAGUUGUCCUCUACCCAACAUGCACUGCGCUCAGGUCUACUUCAUCACCGUCACCCCCUCCUCUAAGUGGUGCCAAGGCGAUGAGAGCAGCACACACGCAUACACUGCAGGUCCCUGUCCUCCCACCGACGUCCACGCCACUCUGCAGUGUGUCGGUAACGUCGGACACGUGACCUGGACCGCUGCCCCGAUGGCUGAUAUGUAUGAGGCCACAGCUGUGCCUUCUGUCAUGGACCAACAUGACCACAGAUGCUCCUCCAGCGGAACAAACUGCUCCCUCACUGACCUCUACUGCGGCAAGACGGUCAGCAUCAGCGUGGUCACCAUAGAGAGAGGCUGCAGGAGUGAACCCAGCAUGCCGUACACUUUCCAAUCAGUCAUCUGUCCUCCCACUAAUGUGACUGGAGUGACAAACUGCACCAGUAAUGACAUCACAGUGGGCUGGGAGCCAAGUCCAGAAAGCGGAGUCGACUACUUCAUCUACUCCAAAGAAGACAGUGGGCCCGUUGCAAACGUCUCCACUACGCAGACAUCCCAUGUGAUCAGUGGGCUGCAGUGUGGCCAACGUUAUUCUAUCAAAGUCGCUGCCAGGGACUCUGAGUGCUCCAGCAUCUUCAGCCAACAGAUACAAACUGAAACAGCUCCGUGUCCUCCAACCAACCUGACUGUCAAAACUGAAUGUGCCACCAACAUGGCAGUGUUCACCUGGGCACCGAGUGCACUCGCCAUCUCCUACACAGUCACAGUGACCGGUGACCACGGAGACGUAGCUUCCUGUUCGUCCAACACAACAACCUGCUCAGUGCACGUGGAAUGUGGGCAUCAGUACACAGCAGUCGUGGUUGCUUCCAGUGCAACAUGCAACAGCAGCGCUUCAGCCUCUUUAGCUUUUGACUCAGCUCCAUGUCUGCCUGACAGUGUGCAGGCACAGCUGGACUGCAACGCCAACUCCUUUGCGGUGCAGUGGAGGACCCUUGACGAUGGUGGCAUGUACACUGCAAUCGCCAUCGGCAGUGACGGGUCACGUGAGACUUGUGACAGCGCGAGCACUAACUGCACCAUAAACAACCUAAAAUGUGGCCUCAUUUACAGCAUCGUCGUCACGAUGUCGUCGGUCAAUUGUGGCACCAUCAGUGGCUCCAACUACAAGCUGCAGUCAGCCCCCUGUAAACCAGACAUGGUGAUGGUGGAUUUGCAGUGCAGCACUAACGUGGCGUUGGUCACCUGGCAAAACUCAGGCCCAGACCAGAGCCAGCAGGUGUUAGCGGUGGACAGCAGCGAAACCAUGUUCACCUGCAACUCCAACAGCUCCAACUGCACCUUCGACCAGCUGGAAUGUGGACGGACAUACAUCGUCAGUGUGGUCGGCUUCACAGAGACGUGCAGAAGUGAACCAGCUUUGGCCGACCCGCUCAAGACAGCUCCAUGUGUCCCCACACAACCCACAGCACGGGUGGACUGUGGCUCUGGUAUCACGUCGGUUACGUGGGACGGAUCACUUGGUGCCACAUCUUACACCGUCUAUGCUCGGGGCAGUCUCGGUCACAACGAUCAUUGGGACGGUAGCGACACCACCUGCGCUUUCCCGGCCCUGGCGUGUGGGCAGGACUACAACUUCACAGUGGUGGCCCGCCAUGACACCUGCGACAGCUUGGACAGCAAGACCAUCACAGAGUCCACAGGUCCUUGUCCACAGACUGAUCUAAAGACAAAACUACACUGUUCCACCAACACAGUUGAGGUUUCUUGGACUCCUGGAAGCGGCAUCCUCUACUAUAACGCCUCAGCGGAUUCCUUUGCCAUUGCACACCACUGGACCUGCACAACUAAUGGAUCCACCUGCAAUAUCACCUCUCUGCACUGUGGACAAAGCUACACAGUGAGGGUCUCUGGACAGGGACUGACCUGCCCCAGUCCUGCUCAUUAUUUUGACAGAGUCAACACGGCUCCCUGUCCUCCCACCCAGCUGAAGAUCAACUCUUCCUGUGAAUCAAACAACAUCUCGGUGUCAUGGGACGCCUCGCAGGGCUCCGUCUCCUACAUGACUGUGGUGGAAAAUGCGCAGGGCGACCGGUGGACCUGUAACACUACCGGCACCAGCUGCGACAUGUCUGGUCUGCUCUGUGGACAGGAGUACAAGGUCUACGUUGUUGGUAUUGAUGAAAUGUGCACAGGAGCCAAGAGUGAAAUGAAAAUGAUUCGCACCGCACCUUGUGUACCAGAGAACGUACAGAACCAUCUUGACUGUCUGUCUGGUGUCCUCAAUGUUACCUGGCAGUCGACUGGUCACUACCUAAAGUUCCGCGCCUCAGUGAUGAGCAGCAGAGGUCACGUCAGCAUCUGCACUACAAAUAAGCACCACUGCGUAGUACGCAACUUGCAGUGUGGGCUGACCUACAACGUUACAGUGGUGGCUCAAGAUGAGAACUGCAACAGCUCCCACAGCCCUGUAAAGCAGAUCUCCUCAGCUCCCUGCCCUCUCCCAUCAUUCCAUCCUGUGGUGAACUGCAGCAGCGGAGAUGUAUCUGUCACCUGGAACAACAGCAUGCCAGGGGUUAUGUACACAGUGUUUGCCAUCGAUGCCAUGGGUUACAGACACAACUGCAGUGAUACAAACAGCGGCUGUACUCUUAGCACACUGAAGUGUGGGACAGAGUACAAUGUCACCAUCACACCGUCCAGAGGCGAUUGUGUUGGCAGAGACAGCCAAACAAAAAUGAUCAUGACAGUUCCCUGUGUACCUCACCUGUCAGACGUGGAGAUCGACUGCUUGGCAAACUCUGCAUGGGUGAUGUAUAAUUACUCUGCCGGGGCUAAAGACUACAUUGUUAUGGCGACAGACAGCCAGGGUAACGUCCAGACAUUCGAGUGUAACUCCACAUCAGACUGGAUGUGUGCUCUGCCACCGCUGAUGUGCAGCAAGAAUCUCACCUUCACCCUGAAGGCUCAGGACCAACAGUGCACCAGUGCACCGAGCAACGCCAUCACAACUGAGACAGCUCCCUGUCCUCCUAUAAACAUUAGAGAAUCUGUGGACUGUGAGAACGGAACAAUAUCCGUCACCUGGUCGGAUGUUCCCGGUGCGAUAACGUACACUGCCACGCUGGAGGAGGUCUCUGGAAGUGAUACCACCUGCUGCACCACAUCGGGCUCUGGCUGUAAUAUCACAGAUCUGCCAUGUGGAGGAAUGUACAUCCUGCAUGUCACAGCUGAGGGACGAACCUGCAAUAGUUCAGAGAGUGAAAGCCUCAUCACCAGGACGGCUCCAUGUGUUCCUGAGGACCUAAAAGCCAAUCUGAGCUGCAGCAACAAUGUGGCCUCCAUGUCUUGGAGCAACAGCAAUGGAGGGCAGCUCUACAGGGUGAAAGCAGUGGCUGAUGAUGGCCACAUGCACGAGUGUAGUUCGCAUGAGAACCAGUGUGAUCUGACAGAUCUGCACUGUGGAGAGUACUAUACAGCUACUGUGACUGCUGAGGACAGUGAAUGCAAGAGCAAACCAAGUGACAGUGUGAUGAUCAAGACAGUGCCAUGCACUCCGGCCAACGCCUCCUCUAUGAUGGACUGUGAGACCAAUUCUCUGAUUAUUUACUGGUCCGAUAGUCCAGGAGCUGAUUCCUACUUGGCCAGGUUGGAGGACAGCACUGGUCGGGGUACAACCUGUCAGGGCACAACAGAGGGCUCCUGCAAUGUGACAGGACUUGCCUGUGGUCAGAUCUACCACGUCUCUGUGGUCUCCUCUGAUGGAUACUGCAACAGCCCGCCUACUCCUGUGACUGACACACCUUCAGUCCCCUGUAAACCGAGACAUAUCAAGGCGGUGAUAGACUGCUACAUGGACUCAGCCCUGGUGGAGUGGUACCUGAGUUAUGGAGCUCUGUGGUACGUGGUCACGGCCACCACAGCGUCAGGUCACACUGUCACCUGUCAGACGAACAUGACCUACUGCGAGCUGAAAGGACUGCGCUGCGGUCAGAGCUACACUGUGUCCGUCAAAGCUGUAGGAGAGAGCUGCAGCAGCAUGGCUGACAUGAUGGAACAGCUGGUCACUGCGCCUUGCAUCCCUGAACACAUCACCUAUCAAUAUAGCCUAACAAUCGGCCAGGUGCAGUGGGACAUGACCCUUGGUGCUAAAUACUACACGGUCAACGCAGAAACUGAUGAGGGUCUCGCAUCCACCUGUAUUACUAAUGACACUUCCUGUGCAUUGAAUAACAUGAAGUGUAGCCAAAUGUACAGUGUUGAAGUCACAGCAAACAACCAUGUGUGCAAAGGCGUGUCCACCUCUACUGAAGCAGUCACAAUACUGACAGAGCCUUGCCCGCCCGACAAUGUGCAGACAACUGUUAACUGUCAGGAGAACCAGGGAACCGUGUCAUGGGAGGCCAGUAUCGGUGCUGUGACUUACGAGGUUACGCUCGCUGGGCGCGAUGGCCACGUGCUGACCUGUCUCACUAACAACACCUACUGUGACAUAGAAGGCCUCCACUGUGGAGUUACCUACCUCACCAAUGUCGUUGCUGCUUCAGAGAGACUCAACAGCUUCGUCUCUGACACCGUUCUGCUGGUUGCAGCUCCCUGUGCAGCCGGAAACGUGGCAGCUGAACUGGACUGCUACAACAACACAGCUCUGGUCUCCUGGAACUCAGCCAGGGGAGGAAUCUCCUACAUGGUAACUGCUGUGUCAAGAGAAGGUUACCAGGCGUCAUGUGAGGCCGACGAUCUUGAUCUCCAGUGUGAUCUGACAGAGCUGCAUUGUGGACAAACGUACUACAUCACAAUUACAAGCACUGGUGACCACUGCCAGACUGAGACACACACUGAGGUCACCUUCACCACACGCCCCUGUAGACCGAUGUAUGUUGGAGUGGACCUGCAGUGUGGGACGAGUACCGCCAACUUGUACUGGGAGGAGAAAGAGGGAGUGGAGCUCUACAUGGCGACUGCAACCUGCAGUAAUGGAAUGACUCUGCAGUGCAACUCCACCAACUCCACCUGCCUGUUCUCUGACCUGAACUGUGCCGAAACCUAUGAGUUCUCUGUAACUGCAUACAGCAACAUGUGCUACAGUGAAACCAGCAGCACUGUGGAGAUUCAGACCGAGCCCUGCCAGCCAACAGGCCUGACGGUCAGUGGGUCGUGCUACAAUGCUACGCAGACAGUGAAGGUGGAAUGGUUUGAUGCUCCAGGUGCAUUACUCUACGUGUUGACAGCCUCCGGAGACCUGGGAUUUAACACGGCUUUCCAAACCAAUGAAACAGUUAUAGAGGCUGAUCUACCCUGUGGACAAGUAUAUACUUUCAUCGUAGUAGCACAAGAUAACCGAUGUGACAGUGCUGCGAGCAUACCCGAACAAUACAAGACAGGUCCCUGCAUCCCUGAGCAUGUGCAGAGCUUUACACGGUGUGAGGACAGUGUGGGUGCGGUCAGCUUCGCCACGAGUCCCGGAGCAGAGUCAUAUGUGGCCGUGGCGACGGGGCAGGACGGCCACACUCACAUGUGCACCACAAACACCAGCACCUGCUUCUUUGAUGACCUGCACUGUGGCGAGGUGUACACCGUUCACGUCAUUGCCAUCGACUACCUGUGCAACAGCAUGCCGAGCAACAGCACCUCCAUACGGAUGGCACCUUGCAUACCCCAGAACCUGAUGUCAUCUUUUAACUGCAGUAUGAAGGUGGGAUCGCUGUCCUGGAAUGCCACUGAAACUGCAAAGUCAUACAUUGUGACUGCAGAGAACAUCGAUGGCCAUAAAGUGUCACUCAGCACCAACGAAACUUGGACUUACAUUUCUGAGUUCAGGUGUGGUCAGGAGUACUUCCUCUCUGUUCAGGCAACAGAUUUUGUGUGUACGAGCCGCUCCAGUCCGCCCUCAGUGCUUCAGUCAGAGCCCUGUCCGCCCACGGACGUCUCCAGCUUCAUGAACUGCAUGUCCAACAUUGCCAUGGUGUCGUGGACUGGCUCAGCUGGAGGGAAGUAUUACACCGCCACGUUAACACCAGAAGAUGGCCAGCCAUACAGCUGCAUGUCUGACGGCCAACAGUGUAGCCUGCCCAGUGUCCAGUGUGGACAGAACUAUACAGUGACUGUCGUUGCCUCAGACAUGAAUUGCGACUCUGAUCCCAGUGAGCCCGACAACCUGCAAUCGGUGCCUUGUGUUCCUACUGAUGUGGACGUCCAGAUUGAUUGCUCCAAAAAUGAGGUUGCCGUGUACUGGAGUGCUGGCGACGGGGCUCUGUCUUACAAAGUGGUGGCUCAGAGCACACAAGGAUCUGUGUCCUUUUGUGAAACUACAGACAGAAUGUGUACUUUGACCAACCUGACCUGCGGACACCACUACUCUGUCCAGGUGGUGGCGCAGGAUGAUAUCUGCUCAAGCUUGCCCAGUCCAACUGUGUACUUCUAUUCAGUUCCCUGCACACCAGACAUCGGCUCAGUGAUUUUGGAUUGCUACACAAACUCGGCUCUCUUGGACUGGGCCUACUCUGAGGGCGCCAUGUCCUACAACGCAACCGCCAGGUCCUCUAGUGGCCACGUUUCCACCUGCAGGACCAACUUCACCUUCUGUGAGCUGCCGGGCCUGCAGUGUGGCGAGACCUAUAAUCUGUUCACUGUGGCCUCAAAUGACCAGUGCAGCAGCCCUCACAGCAUGAGUUUGCAAUUGGAAUCAGUGCCAUGUCCUCCUGAGGAUGUUAUGCCUGUACUGGACUGCGCUACUAACACAGCGCACAUACAAUGGCAGCGCAGAGACGAUGCAGACCACUACAUUGUCCAAGCCAUCGGUGUGGAGGAACACAUGACUGGCUGUGAGACAGUCACAGAGUCCUGCGUCCUCUCAGACCUCAAGUGUGGCUUCACCUACAACAUCAGUGUGAUUGCUGUUAAUCACAUGUGCAAUGUGUCGCAAAGUGAAGUGAAACAGCUCAAAACAGCACCCUGCAUACCUCAGCGGGUGGAGGCCCGGGUGGAUUGUGAAUCUGGUGGAGUGGCAGUUUCUUGGGAACGAAGUAAAGGGGGAACACACUACACCUCAGUCGCCCAGGGCAACGGCGGCUAUGCUUCUACAUGCAACAGCAGUGAAACAACUUGCCUGUUUCAUGAUUUGCUGUGCGGCCUCAACUACUCUAUCACUGUUAGUGCUUCAAAUGGCAUGUGCAGCAGUGCAGAAAGCUCUGCUGUGGAUAUUGACACAGUGCCAUGUGUACCACAGAACGUAACAGCAGAGAUGAUGUGCAGCAGUGACACAGGCGUGGUGUCGUGGGAACAAGGGGAGGGUGUCUCUUCCUACAAGGUGCAAGCUUUUGGACCAGAUGGUCACAAAGUUGAGUGCCACAGCACUGAAGGCAGUUGUCAGCUCCCCAGCAUGCACUGUGGCCAGCUCUACAAUCUGACAGUGACAGCUCAGGAUGGACGCUGCGAUAACAGCCACGCCUAUCUCACCCUGCAGUCAGUGCCUUGUAAGCCAACCAGUGUCAAAGCUUCCCUACGCUGCCACUCAAACUCUGUUGUAGUCACAUGGGAGCAAGGCAGCGGAGGAGGCUCCUAUGUUGCAGUGGCUGUUGCAGCAGAUGGAAGUCACCAGACUGAGUGUAACAACACUAUGACGUACUGUGAUCUAACCGACCUGCAGUGUGGACAGACCUACAACAUAAGCGUGUUCUCCCAGGAUGAGUCCUGUUCCAGCGUGGCUAGUGACAGGUCUUACGUACGGACAGCUCCCUGUGCACCUCAGAAUGUGACCGUUGAUGCACAAUGUGAUGAAGGCACCAUGGUUGUGUCUUGGUCCCCCAACCCUGAUGCCAGGUAUUUCCAUGUGGCGGCAGUGAGCAACACGAUAGCGAGACUCUACUGCAACUCCAGCGGCACUAUGUGCACUCUGAACAAUCUACCUUGUGGACAGAGCUACAACGUUACUGUGCUGUCUGUUAGAGAUGACUGUGAGAGCAAACCAAGUCGAGUGGUAGAGACCUCUUCAGUCCCAUGUGUGCCCAUGAAUUCUAAGGGUGAUCUGGACUGCGUAUCAAACUCUGCCUGGGUAGUCUGGGACGACUCAAAAGGAGCAACCAGUUACUUCGUGCUGGCUCAGUCAGCCGGCGGUCACAGCUCCAACUGCACCGCCUCGUCCUCCCACUGUAAUGUCCCAGACCUGAAAUGUGGGACACUUUACACCUUCCAUGUCACUGCUAUGAACAAGCACUGCAGCAGUAAUCACAGCGCCACCUUUGAGAUUGAGACAGGGCCUUGUGCUCUAACAUCCGUCAAUGCAACGACUGAGUGCCACAAUGACACCAUCCUGGUUGAAUGGGAGAAUACAGUGGACAUGCCCCUCUACCUGGUGACCGCUGAGGCCGACGACCAAACCACCAUUUCCUGUAAAAGCACUUCAAAUAAAUGUUUACUCGAGAAUGUGGUCUGUGGCACGCACUACAGCAUCAUAGUGUCAGCUUCUUCUGAUAAGUGCAGCACCCUCAGAAGCCCUCCAAAGAAGAUUAAAACAGCGCCCUGUGCCCCAGGAAAUGUGACAGCAGUGCCAUCAUGUGAGGAGAAUGGGGCGGCAGUGACAUGGGCAAAGUCGCCUGUGGCCUUAUCCUAUCACCUGACAGCCACAGGAGAAGAUGGACACGUCGUGAACUGCAGCAGUUCAGUGAACAACUGCUCCUUGGCUGAUCUUCACUGUGGCCAGAUGUACAACUUUAGCAUCACUGCCACGGGAGACGACUGCACCAGCUAUCCCAGCACUUCAUCCUUCAGAACAGUACCCUGUGCACCCUUUGGUCUCGCAGUGGAUCUCGACUGUCACACAAACUCUGCCAUGCUGUCUUGGAAUGCCAGUGAAGGCGCCAUGGAGUAUUUUAGCUGUGCACAGCCUAUGGAGGGAGACGCCCUCUACUGUGGCAGCAGUAAUACUUCCUGUACCUUCGAUGGCCUUGAGUGUGGUGACAUUUACAAUUUCUCUGUUCAAGCCUCAAACGGCAUCUGCAACAGCUCAUUUAGUCCACCUCUGCAGAUGGGAGCAGCUCCAUGCCCUCCAAGUUAUCUGAAUGUCCGGAUGCAGAGGAUAGACGAAACGUUCUGGGCCAUGAUAUCGUGGGACAGAGUCAAUUGUUCUGAUGUCCAAUACUUGGUGGAAUUAAUUGGACGAAUCAACAACAACCAACAAACCUUGAUGAACAUCUCUUCCUAUUGGCUGCCAUUGCCGUACUUUGAGUUUCCGAUGCCUUGUAGCACAGCUUAUAACGUGACUGUACGCUCCAAAAACUCAGCUGGGGUCAGCAAGCCAUCCAGUGUGUUCAGUGGAGUCACAGUCCCCUGCCCUCCACAGAACAUAAGAUACACUGGUGACAGACAGUCUGCUGUGCUGUCCUGGGAUCCAUCAGUGUUUGCCACAUGGUACACGGUCACCUCCGUAGUGGACGGAGUCCAUGGGACGCUUUGCAACACCACCGAGAUCUCCUGUGUUGUCUCCGACUUCAGUCCUAAUGCCACUGAAGUGACAGCUAGUAAUGAUGUAGGGGAGAGCAACCCCAAUGGAAAUAUAACAGGUCCAAUGGGAGCUCGCAGAAGAAGAGAUCUACGGACCACUCAGGUCUUUGCUCGUUUAGAAGAAAAUCUUGAAAUGCCAGAAGAGCUGAGAGUAACAGCAAAAGGAGUUUCCUUGUAUGUGAAAUGGAAGGCAGUGAAAGGCGCAACUGAGUACACACUCGUCAUUAAUGAGAAGCUGAGAGAGGAGCAGAGCAGCCUGACACCUGUAGUGAGAAGUGUGGAAGGUACCUCUCACAGAGAGACUGGCCUCAAACCCUGGACUAGAUACUGUGUUAAGGUGGCAGCCAAAAAUGUCCUCAACCAAAGCAACUACUCUCACAAGUGCACAAACACUACGGCCUCUUAAUGAAAUCAACACAGCAUCACUUACACUGACACUGGACUAAAGAGAAAUACCAUCAUAUGGGUUCUUUCUUUGUCUUCUCCACUCAUUAGCUGCCAUAACAGAAUUGUUGCUGGUUUGAUCUCUAAGAACUUUAGCAGGAUAAUUGCAAAAACACAGUAAUCACAACUACAAAGCAAUAAUGAAAUUCUUCUGAUUCGGGGAACCACUUAUAUGUCACACACAAAUACUGAUCAAGCCUCUUGAGAACCUUUAGAUUUAAAUGCUUAUGAAUCUUUGUUAGCAAUAGUUUGUAUACAUUUUCAUAAUUGUGACUGACAUCGUAGCAGCAUGUGACAUUAUAGCUGUGUAAUAAAGUAUUGCUGAGAUUAUAUUUAUCUAAAAUGGUUAUAUUUUUGAGAUUGGUUAUUAGAUUCUCUGGAUGAUUUUUAAGCCCAAAAAUGUAGUGUAAACUAAUAAAGUGAUAAUUUAUCAAGCAAUAUUUUUAAAACCAUGCAGUAUAUUUUCUUUAUGAUGUACUAUGACUUCUCAUUUUGUGAACGCUUUGACAGAUCUUUUUAACUAUUCCAGAUAAAAGCAAUAAAAUAAUAUCUGUGAAACAUUAAAACACCCCCUGUAUAAAAUGCAGUGUGGAAAACCGUCCUUUUUAAAGUCUGUGUGUGUAUCUGAUACAUCCAUGUGGUCAUGGAUUAGUUAUUGAGUUUGCAGGGC